AUGUGGAGUGAGUCAAAUCAUUGCGAUUCGACUCAUCAGGACAGCUCGGACUGGUUGCUGGACAGCGCGGUGGGCCGCUGGCUGGGCGUGGACCGUUUGGCCGUCACUAACCUGACCCUGCUGAAGGUGCUGCUGUGGCUGGUUCUGCUGGGUCUCUUCUGUGAGCUGGACUUCGGGCUUCCCUUCUUCCUCAUCUCUCUGUUCUACUGGCUGUACGAGGGUCUGCGCAGCCCCACGCUCAGGAGACCCGGAGAGAUGAGCGCCUACUCCGUCUUCAACCCCGACUGCCAGCCCAUCCUGGGGACGCUCACCGCCGAACAGCUGGAGGGCGAGAUGGGCUACAGACUCCUAAACACCGGGGCACGGACGUAACGCACGAGACCCUGACGGAACCGCUGGAAUUCGGAACAUCCAGGUCCGAGUGCAACGGUCAGACUUCAGCUGGAGCCUCGGGGGCUGAACGAGGACGUCGGUACAUUUAUAUAAAUUACUGAUGAAAAAAGAAGAAUGUUUUUUAUUUUAUAUAUUUAUCUACACAUGAAACUAUGAAAUUCUUUCUUUGUAUAUCCCAGCUAGUUUGAAAGCUGGGGUCAGAGCGCAGGGUCAGUCAUUGUAUGGCACCGGAGCAGACGGGGUUAAGGGCCUUGCUCAAUCAAGGGCAAUUUUCUGACUGAUAGCCCAAAGCUCUACCCACUAGGCUACCACUGUCCAAUAAGAACCUUUUUUUAAAACAAGAAUUUAUGGCGUGUCUGAGGGAAUUUGUGCCUGUUCAGUCAAAAGAGCAUGUGACGUCGGGCACUGAUGCUGGAUGAGAAGGUUUUUGAUCACCAUGACCCUGACCAGGCGGUAAAAACAAUUUAAAACUGUAGUCGUGCCAAACAAGGGCCAUAAAGUAUGUAGAUGUAGAAAGUGUGUAAGCAUGCAAAUUCUUUAGCAUAAUUACUAAAACACAUGAGCUUAAUUAGGAAGGACGUCCACAUACUUUUGGACAGGAUUUUGUAAAUGGCAAGUUUAUGUUUUUUACAGGUUCUAAAUUCCUAUUUCACGUUCAGUUUGAACAGUUUGUAGGAUAAACCAGAACAUCAUCAUCAUCAGUACCCAGCCUUACUAAUGCUCUGUUGUACUACAGAAUGAGCACAAAUUCCCACAGACACACUUUAAAGCCUUGUGAGAAGCUUCUCAGAGGAGCGGCUGCUGUUCUAGCUGAGAGAUCACACAGAGGAUCAGUCUGGUUUUUUUUUUAAAUGGGACGUCCGACAAGCUAAUGGUCGGGCGUCCGAAUACUUUUGACCAUACCAGCUGAAUACAGAUCAGCUACUUACAGUUCAGAAAGUCAUUUAAGUGAAUUUAAUAAAGUAAAAGUCGUGGGUCUCAGACUAUAAAUUGAUAAUAAUAUAAUUAAUCUUGUUUAUAAAUGCAGAAAAACUGCAGUUGUGGUGACAGAACUUGUACCAAAGAUCAAACACAGUUUAGUGAAGAUAAACUCAUAUUUUUUUUAUUUUUAAUGCUGAACAAGAACCUGAACCUUUUAAUAACAAUUAAAAUAUUUUUCCAUGAACUGAAUUGAAUAAAGAACAAAGAAACGGAACGCGUGUGUGGGUCAGUGUGUGUGUGUGUUGGUGCGAUUAUUUGAUAUCACACAGCAGGGCGACACCGCGCAGGAUCCAGUGGUCGGGGGGCUGCACCGUACGCAGCACGAUUCCGGUGAUGUAGGUGAGGUCGGUGCGCCGGGGUUUCUUGUAGACGGGGCAGACGUACAGUCUGGGGUCUUUCGGGGCGGUGGAGUUGAUGGCGAAUAUGUGCACCACGGGGAGAGGGGUGAACAGCACUUUGGGCGUGGCCUCGACGAGACAGCAGUUCUUGCGGUCCCAGCCGGCUCCGUCCAGAUAGAGGCCGUACACGUACACGCCCUCCUACACCACAAACAUAAAUACAUGAAUAAAUAUAAGCAUGGACAGUGUUGAAAUUAGGAGCAGGCUGUGCUGUGGACUCACGUUCAGCCCUGCGUGACCCUGUGGAAUAAAGAAUUUACCACCUAAA